GUGGCCAGCCCCGGCUGUCUCCGGCCCGGCAUGCAGCGCGCCGCAGUUUGAACGGCGCAGGCUCUGCGGAGUGGGCCCCGGCGCUAGGACUGCCCCGGAUCAGCGCCGCCUCCUCGGCUCGGCGUGGCGCGGGCAGCGCGGGACCAUGAGCAGCGGGGAUUUAGGAGAUUAUGGCAUCUGAAGCCCACAAUGUUAGAAAAUGGAACCUGUUGCAUACCAAGGGUUGUCACAUUGAUCUGGGAAGAAGGAUCUCUCAUUCCACUAAUAAGAACAUGAAGGAGGGUAAGAAAUCUCCAAAACAGUUGGCUUCUUACACAAACAGAACAACAGUUGGACAAACUGUGACGAGCUCCCCUUUUUUUUUCAAAGUAGUAUAUUGUAGAAAAAAAGUUCACUGUUAUACUUCAAAACCUUGUUACAGAAAAAAACAGUUCCCUAAAGUCAGGGGCCGUGACAUGGCAAAUAAGGAAAAUGAACUGGCUUGUGCAGAUAAUCUGCCGGCAAAACUACACGACAGUCAUACGCUUUUAUUAAAUACCAGUGAUUCUGGCUCCUCUCAAACACAAGGUCCCUCAUCAAAAUACAGUGGAUUUUUUUCAGAGGUUUCUCAGGACCACGAUACUAUGGCACAAGUUCUUUUUAGUAGAAACCUGCGACUGAAUGUAGCUUUUACCUUCUGGAGAAGAAGAAGUAUAAGUGAACUCAUAGCCUAUUUAGUGAGGAUACAGGACCUUGGAGUAGUAGUAGAUUGCCUUCCUGUACUUACUAGCAGUUUACAGGAAGAAAAAACAUAUAUUUCAGUUGGCUGCUGUGUAGAUCUGUUUCCUUUAGUAAAAUCACUGCUUAAAAGCAAAUAUGAAGAAUAUGUGAUAGUUGGUCUAAACUGGCUCCUAGCUGUCAUUAAGAGAUGGUGGUCAGAACUGUCUGCACACAUGGAAAAAGUAAAAGAUGGAAAUAUUCAGAUUUUAAAACAACAACUAAGUGGAUUGUGGGAACAAGAAAAUCAUCUGACUCUGGUUCCAGGAUAUACUGGUAAUAUAGCUAAGGAUGUAGGUGCUUAUUUAUUACAGCUACACUGAGAUGCUUGGAGAACUGAGGAGUGCAUAUUUGGCUAAAUAAUCCUUUUAAAUAUCUGUGGAUUUAUACACUAUUUCCAAAAUAUCUCUCUUCUAAGACCUAUUGACAGAAGAGGAAUGGACUUUCAAAAACUGUUUAAUGAAACCACUAACAAAAUCCUAACAAUCUACUUCACAUUGAAGUGGAAAAUGCCUAAUAGGAGCAGCUUUUACUUCAGUGAGGUGAAAGUGUACUAUGAAAACUAUAUGCCUUUUGCUGUAUUUGGGAUUUGUUCAGUUAUUUGGUAAAGUCAUUUUAAUUGGUGCUGUGUUUCACUACGAUAUUGCAUAAAGGAAUAUAAAUUCUACCAUCAUGAAGACAAAACUACAGAACCAGUUAUGAGGAACCAACAAGACCAGUCGCCGGCAUAAGAGGGUUUUAAACUGUUUCACAAGAAAAGUUAAAAUGUGCAGCUAUUUUCCAGUUAUGUUGAAAAAACUUUGAAAUGUUUUAGUAUCUUGUUUUAAUCAAAAUAUUAAAGAUGGUUUUUGUUUGCACUAUUGAGAAACUGUAUACAGCAAGAUGCCUUACUUACUAACGUUUGAAAAAGCCAAUUUAUUAAGAUACAAAAUAUAUCUAUUAGAAUAACAAAUGAAGACAUGAUGAAAAACUGCUAUAAAAAUCAGGGGUUCACAUUGUGUAAAACUCAUUUGUGAAGCAUUUGCACAUUUUUUUUUAAAAAUCAAGUCAAUAUUUCCACUAUAUCUGUUCUUUGGAGACUCGUCAGAUGUAUAUGACAUAACUAGCAUAUAAAAAUACCUGAAUUUGUUUGGAUAAAUGCACAUUGCAAAUGUCAACAGACUGGUGAAUUUAUACAGCUAACACUUUUUUAUUGUAUGUGGAUUUGUAAUAUAUUAAUCUUCAGUUCUAUAUCAUUUAAACUACACAGAUGAGUAAAUGUACUAAAUGUUUCUACAGUUUUUCCUUUUGAAGCUCAGAUCAUUUUACCUGUUUUUUUCCCCUAGAACAACUUCUUCCACACUACUUUUUAUUAUGGAUAUUUAUAUCUACUGCUCUAGCAGUGUUUACAGCCAGAAUAGACCUGUAUUUUUUUCAGAUCUAACAACUUGUAGGCUACCUCCUCUAACAAAAGUUAACACAUGGCUUUUACAAAAUUAGUUGUUAAAAGUCUGUUUUUUCCUGAUAAAUUCAGGCUACCUUAAAUCUAAAUGGAUCCACAAUGGAACAAAUUCAGUAGCACAGUUUACAGCUAUAUUUUCUCUUACUGAUUAUGAUGUUUUAGUUUAACUGCUCUGACUUAACAGCUAUGGAAAAUCUUGGGUUUUUUAGACUGGCAACUUUCUCUUGUAUUUUGUGACUAGUGACAAUGAAAUUCUAUGAAGUGUCAACUGUGCACUUAAAAGAGAAGCUGAAAUGUAGAUCUGUAGCAUGUACCCAGCCAAUGACUACAUUUGUUUUUUAAUUAAAAAUAUUAUGGAAAUUG